UCAGAAUCGCAGAACUCAAACGAAUUUCAAGAAUUGAAAGAGAAAAGCUAAAUCAACUUAAAAUCAAUCUUGGAAUUGCAAAAACCAAAGCAGAACUUGGUAAUGUAACAAGCAGUUCAAAUAGCAGUACAAAAGCUCCAACAUUACCGCAGUUCAGAGAAAUCAAAGAUAAUUUUGAUCCUCACAGUAGACGUUUUGAGAAAUAUAGCAUUUCUCGAGGAUGGGAAUCAAAAUAUUCAAAUAACAAUUGUGACGAAAAAGACAACGUUAUUGAUCCAUGCUCCAUUUUGCCAUCUGAUCAAUUGACACAGUCAAAUACCGAACGUGACAUCAACAAGCAAUUUCAAAAUGAAUGCGAACAUAACAGCUGUAUUGAUCUUUGCUCCAUUACUCCAUCCGAUCAAUCGAUGCAACAAAAAACCAAACGUGACGCGAACAAUCAAUUCCAACGUGAAAGCGAAAAAGUCAAUGUAAUUGAUCAAAGCUCCAUAACUCCAUCAGAUCAAUUAGUUCUAUCAAAAACCGAACGUGACGUGAAUAAUCAAUAUAACGCAAAACACAACGCGAUUAUAAAACACAACACAUCUGCUUAUGCUCAAUCAAGUGAGGUAAAGCCAAAGACAGAAUUUGAGAAGGAUUGUCAACAACAUGCCAACUGUUCGAAGGAAAUUUAUCCAAAUAUAUCUACUCAGUCAAGUAUUGUUACGGAAACUAACAAACAUUCACAUCAAAAUUACGGGCACGACAAGAGUAUUAAACUCAAUUCGUUUGUAGAAGUUACUUGUAAUAUAUUGCAAAUAGAACCAUUGUUAGUAAAACCGUUUACAGGCGUUACCAAGUCUGUAGAUUUACUAGAACAAAAUUUUGACAAGUCACUGAGAAAGAUACGUGAUCUUCCUAAAAUA